AUGAAUAAUAAUAAUAAUAUAAAACUUCCACCACCAUGGCAACUUGUUAAUGAUGGAAUGGGUAGACAAUUAUAUUAUAAUCCAAUGACAAAUCAACAAAGUUAUACACCACCACCAGGUUCAACACCACAACAACAACCUACACAACAACAACCACAACAAAUGCAAUUCCCAAUUUCAAAUUUAGGUACACCCAAUUCAUCUAUUUCAAAAUCCUUACCAGAUGGUUGGGAAGAAUCAACAGAUAAUCAAGGUCGUGUUUAUUAUAUUGAUCAUGUAAAUAAAAAAACAUCUUGGAUUCAUCCAAGUUUCACUCAUCAACUUCAUCAACAACCAACAUCACCAGCUACACCAACAAAUAACAACAACAACAACACAACCUCAUCAAAAGUAACCCCAGCUCAAUCUGUACCAAUUGUAUCAAAACCAAUAACUUCACCAUCACCAUCAUCUUCUUAUCAAGAUAACGCUUUUUAUCCAUCAUUUUCUGAAUAUGGUUAUGCACCAAAUUCAAAUAAUAAUAUUAGCAGUAGUAGCUCUACAACAACAACAACAACAGCACAUAUACCAACACAAUCUAAACCAAUACCAAGUACUAGUAAUAAUAAUAAUAGUAAUAAUAGUUCAUAUAGUGAUGAUUCAUCAUAUAAAUCUAGAAAUGUUGCAUCAUCACCACCAUCAGUUAAAACACCAGUUUCAACAUCAUCAACAUCACCUCAAGGAUCUGGAAGUAAAACAAAUGUUUUACUUUCACAUAUUUCACCACUUUGGGACUUGGAAAAAAUUGUACCAGCUUGUUCAAAUUGUUAUUCACCAUUUACUGUGAUUAAAAGAAGACAUCAUUGUAGAUGUUGUUAUAGAGAAUUUUGUGAUGCAUGUUCAACAAAGAGAAUAAAGAUACCACAAUUUAAUUAUAAUGACCCAGUUAGAGUUUGUGAAUAUUGUUAUUCACAUACAUCAUCAAAUGAAAAAACAUGUAUUUCUAGAUUGGUUCCAUAUUUAUUUGAAAACUAUAAGAAUGCCACACAACAAUAUCAAGCACUAUUGGAAAUCUAUGAUUACGUUUUAACCUAUCAAAAUUAUCCAACCUCUAUUGAAGCUGCAAUCGUCGGAGGUUUAAAACCAUUUUUAGAAUAUGUUAUAAGGGAUCAAUCUGAUAAGAGCGAAACAGUUGCUUUAUGUUGUCAAAUUAUGGCAUUCACUUCAAAGUUUGAAAAAGUUUUAAAACCAAUCACAGAUAAAGAAUCGUUAAUCUCGCUAUUUGAUAUUUUAUAUACUUCAAAGAAUCAAUCAGUUCAAGUAGAUUGCGCUAAAGUUAUCAAAGAGAUCUUAGUUUAUAAUUCAAAGAAAUCUCCAGUUGGUACUAAUACUUCAAAUCAAUCCAUUAAUAAUAAUAAUACUUCAACAACAACAACCACCAGCACUACAACAACAACCGCAGCAGCAACAACAACAACAGCAACAACCAAUAAUACCACACCAUCACCAACUGAUCCAAUGAUACCAACAUCAACUUUACAACAAUUUAUUUCAACAUUAGAUGUUAAAAAUAAAGAGGAUUAUCAAUUGGAAGCAUUGAAAAUUUUGAAAAGACUUGUACAAGAUGAGAAUACAGCAAUUGCAAUGGUUGGUGCAGGUGCAAUCGAUAUUGUUACACCAAUGUUGUUAAGUUCAAAACAAGGUAUCCUUAGAAGAGUAUUAAAACUUUUAUUAACUUUUAUUGAAUAUGAUCAAAAGAAUAGUGAUAAAAUUUUUAAUCUUGGUGGCGCUUUAUAUCUUGAAAAUGCAAAUAAUAUAACAAAUAUGGAUGGAUUAUUAGAUUCAUUAUUAGAACCAUUUAAUAAUAAUCCAAAUAGUAAAGAAUUUAAAGAAUUAUUAUUGUUAGUUAAUAAUUUAUUAGCUGCUACAACCGUUUCAAAUUCACAAUCAUUAAUUAAUAGAAUUUGCGCACAUGAAGGAUUUUUAAGUGCAUUAAUUUCAACAAUGUCUGUUACAGCAAUUGAACCAACUUCAAUAAAAACAUUAUUAUAUCUUAGUCAAGGUGAAAAAGUAAAGGAGAAACUUCGUGAUCUUGGUAUCAUUGAUCCAUUGUUAUCAGUGAUUUGUGAUAAAUCAAAGAAUCCAUUGAAUGCUUUAACCAUUUUAACAAAUUUGGCAAAGAAUAAUGAAUCAAUCUGUAAGAAUAUAUUUGAAGUUGGUGGUUUAGCAUUGUUAAUGGAUAUUGUAACUGCUCCAACUCCAAAGUUAGCACCACCAUCAGUUUCUGCAUCACCAUCACCAAAUCCUGUUGGUGCAUCAAUUUUGUCAGCAAAUGGUAAAUUAACAAGUGUACCAUAUAGUGGUGAUGUAGUAUCAACCUCUGCAAAUAACACUGCCACCGAAGAGAAUGAUAAGAAAAUGUCUGAUUUCAAAGCAACUCAAUAUCAAUCUGUUUUAUUAUUAUCAAUGUUAUCAAGAUCAAAGGAUAUCGUACGUGAAUUUGUCAACUUUGAAAAUGGUAAUGGUGUUAAAACUUUGGUUGGAUUAAUGAAUCCAACUUGUGAUGAUCAAAUGAAAGUAGCAACCUCUGAAUGUCUUUGUAACUUUUGUGAUGAUGAAACUUGUGCUAUCCUUGUAAUUAGUGAAGGUGGUUUAACAUAUGCUCAAGCAUUACUAUCAUCCAAUCAAACUCAUAUCAAAGCAAAUACCUUGAAACUCAUUCAAAAGUUGGCUACUCAUUCACCAGAUAUUAAAUUGGCCAUUUCAGAAGGUACUUCAAUUCAAAAGAUGGUUGAAAUGUUAACAAAUUCCAAUCCAGAAUUAAAGAAAUGUGCAAUCUUUUCAUUGUCAGAGUUAUGUCGUGAAAAUAACUCCAAUCGUGAUUUGGCCUAUAAAUGUGGUUGUUUACAAUUGUUGGUAAAUUCAUUCAAUACCUAUACAAAUGAUACUAAAACAUUGGUUUGUCUAUUGGAAAUUAUCUCUGGUUAUGUUCAACAAAGUGAUCAAUAUAGAAAUGUUAUUCUUGGAACUGAUUUGGUUCAAUCGAUUAUUGAAUAUCUCUUCUCAAGUGUUCCAUCACAAAAUCCAACUCAAUCAGAGAGUACCAAUAGUAGUUUUAUCAUUCAAUCUCAGCUAUACUCUGUAUUAAUUCUAUCAGUACUUAUUAAAGAUACUUCGAGUGAUCUCAUUAGAAAAGUUAUUGACUCUGGUAUUAUUCUCUCUUUGAUUCCAAUGUUGGCAAUUAAAAAUUCUUACCUUCAAGAGUAUACACUUGCCACUUUGAAAAUGGUUUCAAAAUCAACAACACCUGAACUUCGUGAUACAAUGAUCUCAUCUGGUAUUCUCGCUUGUCUAUCUGAUUUACUCUUUUCAAAGAAUGAAAGUAUUCUUACCAACACACUUCAUAUUUUAAUUGAACUUUCAAAAAGUCAAGAUUGUGGUGGUUAUUUAUUAUCUACAAAUGCAAUCACUCAAGUUUCAGAAUUGGUAAUUUCUCAAACCACCCCACAACCUGUAAAAUCAUUGGCAAUUCAAUUGAUUUCAACCCUUUUGGAAACCAGUUCAAACACUUCAAACAUUUGGGAAACCUUUACUUCUAAAUCUGGUAUUCCAGGUAUCAUUUCACUUCUUUCCUCUGAUAAUCCAUCAUUGGCUAUCAAUGCUGCCAAUGCCCUAUCAUCAAUUGUCGUCGAUGGUCCAGGUAGAGCUAGAGUUGUUGAAAAUGGUGGUUUACCAUUGCUAUUACAAGCAAUGUCAUCAUCCAAUGUAAAUAUUGCUUGUGCUGCCUUAGUAACAGUUUUAGGUCUCUCAUUAGAGGAUGAAUUAUGUGAAAUGAUUGUAAAUUUGGGUGGCCUUAAAACAUUGGACCUUAUGAUCUCUGAUAAUAGCUACAUGAGCAAUAGUAUUAAUAUCGAUACCAAAUUAUACGCCUGCGAAACCAUUUUCAAUUUAGGUAGUAAUAAUCAAUGUAGAGGUAGUAUUUGCCAAGAUAAUCAAAUAAUUCCACAAAUCAUUUUCAUUCUUUUACUCUCAACCAAUCCAAAUUAUCAUAGUGUCGCUUGUAAAACAUUGGCUCUUUUGGUAACCAAUGCCAUCAUUGCUAAACAAGUCGUUGAAUUGGGUGGUGUAAUUGGACUUGGUCCACUUUUAUCAAAUAAAACCGAUGAAAUCACUAGAAUAUCAGCUUCUGUUGCACUCACUAAUUUAGCAAAAUAUUAUAAUCCAUCAAGAGUUGAAAUUUUAAUAACUGUAAAUGAAAAUAAUGAACCUUGUCUAUUAGAAUAUAUUAAAAUUCUUUCAAAUAAACCACCACAAUCACAAUCAAAUACCACCGAAAAUAAUAAUAAAGAUUCAAAUAUUAUUGAUAGUUCUACAAGUGAUAUAAGAUUAAAAUUACAAAUUUUAGAACUUUUAGAACUCUUAUCAAAUGAACCACAAUUCUCUGAAGUUAUUGAAAAUAUUAAUGGUGUACCAUCAAUUAUUUCAUUAUUAUCAAAUCAUUUAUCUUCCUCCUCCUCCAAUAAUAAUAAUAAUAAUAGUAAUAAUAAUAAUAACAAUGAAGAUAAUAUUUUAUUAUUUAAAACUUUAUCAAUUAUUACAAAUCUUGGUUCAAAUCUUUCAAAUAGAAAUGCUUUAUUAAAUAAUGGUUUUUUGAAACAAUUGGCAGGAUUAAUGACACCACCACCAGAAACUUUAAUUUCACUUGAUGAUAAUAUCUCAAAUUCUCUUUCAUCACUUUUGGAUAUUCAAGAGAAACCUAGCACCCCCUCAACAACUGAUUUCGCUAAAUUCAAUAUCUCAACCACUGAUGAAGAGAAAGAAGAUAUCAAUAAAUUGGCUUUGAAUUUAAUUUAUACAUUCUCAUUGUCCGAAGAUGGUAAACAUAUAAUUAGAAAUUCAAAAUUAAUCAAUAUUGUAAUCAGAUUUAUUGAUUCUAAAGUAGAGGAUCAAGUUUGUUUUGCUUUACGUACCAUUGCUUUGUUAGGUUUAUCAUCAUUGAAUAGAUUGGAAAUUUUAAAUAAUGGUGGAAUGGAUAAAGUUUUAAAUCAAUUUUCCAAAGCAAACAAUAAUCCAAAUGUAAUUUUGUGUUGUUUGGUUGCCAUCUACAAUUUGGUAUUUUUAGAACAAAACCUCGCAAGUUUCAUUCAAAAGGAUUGUCUAAAACAUUUAGUCAACGUUGGUUUAAUGUAUCCAAAUGAAACCAUACAACAACAAAGUAUACUAAUUAUCAAUAGACAUUUGAACUCUACUAAAUAUGUUGAAGAAUUGGUAAACAAAUUUGAUAUCAUCACUCUUCUUGUAAAUAUUUUAAGUAAUGCCUCAAGUGAAAGUUUAAUCCUUCAUGUUCUUAAAACUUUAACAGAUUUCAUUCCAUUCGAUUCUGCUAGAACCUCAAUAUCCUCAAAGAUUCCAGUUCAAAUUUUAAAAACUCUUCAAAAUGUUAGUAAUCCUUCACUAAGAGAAUAUUCUGAAAAAUUAUUACAAUUAUUUUGUGGAAUAGAUCUUUAA